GAGAGUCAUGUGGCGUGCAUUCCCCCACGUCAUGAUGAUCGAUGCAACGUACAAGACAAACAUAUACAAUAUGCCCUUUAUCCAGAUUGUUGGUAUGACGCCUACCAACAAAUCGUUUAUUAUCGCGCAUGCCGUUGUUAGUAAAGAACGGGGUGAUAACUUUGUGUGGGUGCUUGAGAGGGUUAAGGCAAUGUUGGAUGAAUGUAUGGAGCCACGUGUGAUUUUAACGGAUAGAGACCUAGCCCUUAUGGGCGCGUGUGCUAAAGUAUUUCCAGACGCCUCCAGGCUUCUUUGCAGGUGGCACAUACAACAGAAUGUUAUGAAGCACUGCAAGGGUGCCUUCACAGACGACGACUGGAAGAAAUUUAUGUCAUUCUGGGGGACAUUGAUUGAGUCUCCAUCCAUACCCAUCUACGACUACCACUUGCGCAACAUGCGAAAGCGACUUGUGGAGUGCAAACGUUCUAGAGUCUUCAAAUACGUGUACGAUAACUGGCUAAAAGACUAUAAGGAGAUGUUUGUCUUUGCGUGGACUGAUAAGAGGCGCAACUUUGGUAAUCGUACUACAAACAGAGUUGAGAGCCAACAUGCCAACUUAAAGAGAUACGUCGAAGAUAGGAGCUCGCUGGACCGUAUAGUUGGUUGUGUCCGGGAUAUAGUUGAGACACAGUUCGGUGAAAUAAGGAAGACUUUUCGAGACAGCAUCGAAAAAACAAUGAAACACCACAAACACCCGAUGUUUCAACACCUACUUGGAAAAGUAUCCCACAAAGCCCUUGACUUGUUGCAUGGAGAGGCAAUUAGGAGGCUAGAUGUCUUGGAGCGCUUUAAUUCAUCAUGUGGUUGCCAAAUGUGGCACAGCUGUGGGUUGCCCUGUGCUUGUAGGAUAGAAAAGUACAUGCGUGAAGAGCGUCCGAUUCAACUCGAAGACAUAGACGUCUUCUGGCGGAAACUUAACUUCCAAAGUUGUAAAUUGAUAGACGACUCCCUUGACGUGGUCGAAGAGCUAGAUGUUGUUAGACAACAAUUACAGUCGCACCCCCCAGCUCAGCAAAAAAGCCUGCUUUCAAAGAUUAAAGCGGUGUUGACUCCAACGAAAUCUACCAAGAAACCACCGGUUGUCCAACAAAAUACUCGUGGCCGACCAACAACAAAGCAGGUACAAGAAAGGUUGGACGAGGCCUCUCGUAUAGAUGAAGAAUUGAGGAGAAGCUCCUUCGGUGAUGCAAACACGUGCUUUGAAGGUUCACGACAAAGUAAGUACGAUAAACCUCGCCACAGCUCGUACGUUCCGUCUCAGGCCUCACAACAGUCGGUUAUAAGGUCCCAAAAACCCAAAGCGACACUAAGCCGUUCAAAGAGUUCUAAGAAGAAAGAGACACGAGAUGAUCACGGUUUUCCUUUAAUCAUUGGGGACGAGUACGUGGGAAUCAUCGAACGGUUUAAGUCUGACAUUCCGCCAGUGUUCCAUCCGUACGUCUCGUGCAUACGAGAUGUGAUGCCGAACGGUCAUUGUGGGUUUCGGUCUGUGGCUGUGGGCUUAGGGAUGGAUCAGAGUUCAUGGGGGCUUAUUAGGAGGGACCUUGUCCAAGAAAUGGAUUAG